AUGACACGCACCUCGUUCGAUGACAGUUCUAAGCCCGCGCCGGUCUCACAACAGCACCUGAAGUCUGCCGUGGAGAAACUCACCGCGGAGGCCAAGGUCCAGGAGCCCAGUACGGCACGAAAUAUCCAGAAAAGCUCUCUUCCCGAUCGCGGCCCCGAGGCCCGCCCAGCCGAACGCGGGAAGUACUGGAUCAUUGUCGGGUCCGUAAAUGCCAAACGAAGGCAGGUGAACGCCCAACGCGUUGCCAAAGACGGAGUCAACGCAGUCCUCAUGACCUUGAUUGAUACCCACACGUGCCUAGACAUCAAGCCUUUUCCGGCAACCCGUGAGGACUUCUGGUCGAUUGAUGAAUCCGAGACCAGGCGAUUGGCCAAGGCCCUCGAUAUCGCUACAGAGGGCAGACCGACCUAUCGUAUCAUGCAUGACUUGUUCGAGAUCAUUAUGGGCCCGCUUCCAUUCAGUUAA